AGCAGCAGGCUGACAAUGAUUUCCUCCGUGAUUGCGCAGAGAGCGCGUCCCCGCGGGGAUGGGGCCCCCUCUGGAGCCGUCCGCAUGGCUUUGGGGGCCUCGCUUCCAUUUUCCAUUAUUAUGUGGACUACCGGAGCGACAGCGCAGAUCGAGACCUCGCAGCGGGUUCUGUAGGAUGUCGCGCCGCAAACAAGCCAAACCAAGAGCUCUGAAAGACGCUGCUCCUGAGACGGAAUCAAAGGAUGAAGAAGAUGGCCAUCUGAGGCUCUCUCGGAUCUCUCCUGAGGAGGAAGAAAAGGAGGCGGAAGUGCAGGUGUUUGAAUCAUUGAGCGCUCUCUCUCAACACAAGAUUCACCGGUGUCACCUCACAGAUGGAACUGAUGUAGAGGAUGACCCGUCCUGCUCUUGGCCUGCAUCCUCACCAUCUAGUAAAGACCAAACAUCUCCAGGCCAUGCUGAUGACUAUGAAUGUGGUGAGGUCAAAGGAGGUGCCGGCCUGCCCUACCCAUGCCAAUUUUGUUCUAAAUCCUUCAGUCGCUUGAGCUUCCUAAAGUGCCACGAGCAGAGUCACAGAGAUAAACUUCCCUUUAGCUGCACAUUCUGUAGCCGCUUGUUCAAGCACAAGCGCAGUCGUGACCGACACAUCAAGCUUCAUACUGGUGACAAAAAGUACCACUGUAGAGACUGCGACUCUGCUUUCUCUCGCAGUGAUCAUCUGAAGAUCCAUAUGAAGACACAUUCUGCUAACAAGCCCCAUAAAUGCCCUGUGUGCCGCAGGGGGUUCUUGUCCACCAAUUCACUUCAUGGACACAUGCUGGUGCAUGAACGUGGAAAAGAUGGAGCAAAUACUAAUGCCUCUCAAGAAUGGAGGACACGCAAAUGCAGCCGCUGUGAGGAGGGUUUUAAUAUGCCUGAAGAUCUGCAAAAACACAUUGCAGAAAGCCACCCAGAGUGCUUUUCUCCUGGUGGAGGGAGUUUAGAUCCAGGACUGCAAUGCAUCUACUGCCACGAGCCGUUCAGUGAUGAAGGAAUGCUUCUGAGCCACAUCGAUCAGUUGCAUGGCAGAGACAGGAAGAACAACAUGUGCACUGUGUGCUCUGAGCAGUUCCCUACUCUUGAGGAUCUGUACACUCACAUGGAUGUUCACCAACUCCCAGAGUUCAGCAAUACCCCCUCCCUGUUGCCCAUGGGAUAUACAUCUGUUUCAAGUACUACCCCAGACUCUAACCUUUCUGUUGAUAGUUUGACCAUGGCAGAGAUGUUUUCUAAAGUGCCCAAGACACAAGGGAGAAGAAAGAGGGCCAGCCAAAAUGUGUCUCAUAUGUAUGGGCGAUCUUCUAAGCAGCGUAAAAUGACAUACAGCUGCAUCUACUGCAGCAAACAAGUUUUCUCAAGCCUUGAUGUGCUACAGAUUCAUCUUAAGACAAAGCAUGUUGACAAACCAGAGCAGGCUCAUACCUGCCAAUUUUGCUUGGAGAUUCUUCCGUCCCUUUGCAACUUAAACGAGCAUCUGAAGCAGAUCCACAAUGCAGAGGAUUCCUCAGGGCUACUUGCCAACCUGUCUGACUCCCUGCUGCAGUGUAACUUCUGCCCAGAGGUGUUUGGAGAUUUAAAUGCUCUGCAGGAGCACAUCCGCUGCUCACAUGGAUUUCCUAGUCCAGUGUCCAAAGAAAGCAAUGCAUUUUUUUGCCCCAAGUGCUUUAUGGGAUUCUUAACUGAGGCCUCUCUAGAAGAACAUGUCAGACAGACCCAUUGUGACUCUGGGAGCUUGCGGUAUGACUCUCCUUUAGCAGUCACUCCUAAAGAUCCAAUUGUGGAGAUCUACUCCUGCUCUUACUGCACCAACUCGCCAAUUUUUAAUAGUGUCCUCAAGCUUAACAAGCACAUUAAGGAGAACCACAAGAACAUCCCUCUUGCUCUGAAUUAUAUAAACAAUGGGAGGAGAUCUCUGCGAGACCUCAGCCCUUCAUCGCCAGUAUCUGUAGAACAGGCCCCAUUAUACAAUCCGAACAGCACUUCCUUACGUUCAAAUGAGUUCCUUUGUAAUCAGUGUGGUGCUAAAUACACAAGCCUAGACCUUUUCCAGACACACAUAAAGACCCACCUUGAUAGCAUUGUGCCCCAGUUAACUUGUCCACAGUGUAAAAAAGACUUUCCUAACCAGGAGUCUCUGCUAAAACACGUGACAGUUCAUUUUACCCUCACAUCCACGUACUACAUCUGUGAGAGUUGUGACAAGCAAUUCACAUCAGUGGAUGGCUUGCAGAAACAUCUCCUUGACAUGCACACUUUUGUGUUUUUUCGUUGUACGCUCUGCCAGGAGGUGUUUGACUCUAAAGUGUCCACUCAACUGCACCUCGCAGUAAAGCACAGUAAUGAGAAGAAGGUAUACCGUUGCACUUCCUGCAACUGGGAUUUCAGGCAUGAGGCUGACCUUCAAAUGCACGUCAAACGUUGUCACCUGGAAAAUCAGGGCCACUCGCACCGCUGCAUAUUUUGCGGUGAGUCCUUUGGCACCGAAGUGGAGCUGCAGUGUCACAUUACCACACAUAGCAAGAAGUACAAUUGUGACUUUUGUUGCAUGGCCUUCCAUGCCGUUCAUCUGUUAGAACGCCAUCAUCGUGAAAAGCAUUGUGUGUUUGAGGGAAAGGUACAGAACUGCAGCAACAAUGAAUCCACAUCAGGUAGCGGUGAUUCUGUUGCCAAAGAUGAUGCAGAAUUCCAGGGUUUUCUAACCAACAGUCAUGCAAGAACUAGUGCAGGGGAGUCACACAACAGCCAUGAUGGCAGUGAAGAAGAUGUUGACACUUCAGAUGUCAUGUAUAGCUGUGACAUCUGUGGUGCUUCCUAUACUAUGGAGUCCCUCCUGACCAACCACCAACUCCGUGACCAUAACAUUCAUCCAGGAGAGAGUGCAUUGCACAAGAGAAAAGCAGAAAUGAUUAAGGGAAAUCACAAAUGCAAUGUCUGCUCUAGAACCUUCUUUUCAGAAGGAGGGCUCCGGGAGCACAUGCAGACACACCUAGGGCCUGUCAAACAUUACAUGUGUCCCAUCUGUGGAGAGCGUUUCCCUUCACUGCUGACCCUGACAGAGCACAAGGUCACUCACAGCAAAAGUCUGGACACAGGAAGCUGUCGAAUCUGCAAAUUACCACUACAGAGUGAGGAAGAUUUCCUGGAGCAUUGUCAGAUACAUCCUGAUUUGCGCAACUCAUUAACUGGCUUCCGCUGUGUGGUCUGCAUGCAGACUGUCACCUCAACUCUAGAGCUCAAGAUCCACGGCACCUUUCACAUGCAAAAGACUGGAGAGGCAUCUACAAAUCACCCAACAGCAUGCUCAGCUCCCAAACACCUUCAACACCAUCAAAGCCAAAAGGUUUUAAAGUGUGCUACGUGUCUCAAAGAGUUCCACUCCAAGCAUGAGUUGGUGAAGCUUGACAUUAAUGGUUUUACAUAUGGCCUUUGCUCAUUAUGUGUCAAUGCUGCUGGUAGCAAGAGCUCGACUGUAAAUGGAGGGAAACAGUUGCAGCAAGGGGCUCAUACAUCAACAGGUCCUGCUACUGGAUGGAGCCAUGGGGACAGCCUUAGCCCUGGUGCUGUGAAGGGAAAGACUGCCUCUUCUUCCUCAUCAUCUUCAUCAGUAUCACCCUCUAUUGCCAAAACCCGUUGUUACAGCUGCAGUGUUAAAUUUGAGUCAGAGACUGAGCUUCAAGCACACCUGCAGACAAUGCACAGAGACCAAACGCCAGAGAUCGCUCCACUAAGAACCUUUGAUGGCUCCCCUAUGCCACAAGUUAGCCCCUCACAAACUGAUGAGGAAUACACUCGGACAUGCAAACACAGUUGUAAACAGAUGAGCAAUGUGAACCUGAACUCGGCUACCCGCAUGACGUGGCCACCACGGCUGGUGGAACGCACAAUCUUCAUACCUAACAUGAUAUCGAAGAAGACUUACCAGUGCAUCAAGUGUCAGAUGGUCUUCUACACUGAAUGGGACAUUCAGGUCCACGUGGCCAAUCAUAUGCUUGAGGAAGGUCUCAAUCAUGAGUGUAAAGUGUGCAGUCAGAGUUUCGAUUCCCCUGCGAAGCUGCAGUGUCACCUGAUCGAGCACAGCUUUGAGGGGAUGGGAGGAACCUUCAAGUGCCCCGUCUGCUUUACAGUAUUCGUGCAGGCGUGCAAACUGCAGCAGCACAUCUUCACUGCACACGGUCAGGAGGACAAGAUCUACGACUGCUCACAGUGUCCACAGAAGUUCUUCUUCCAGACUGAGCUUCAGAAUCACAGUGUGAGUGCGCACAGCAGCUAACAACACACCUGCAUGAAGAGAAUCAACACACCCAAACCAUCUCGGCCCAGUCAACAAUAAACAUUUUUUGCAUUGCACUAAACCAUCAGUCAAAAAAUAAAUAAAUACAAUAAAUAAAAAUGCUGUUUGUUCUAUACAAAGUUAUUCGAAGUUUGAGGAUAUUUAUGACAUUUAAUGUUUAAUAUAAACAAACUUUUUGUAAGUAAGUCCUUCAUGUUUUGCUAUUCCUCUUGUAAACAGUUUUGCAUUUUUAUUGUGAAAGAAAAAAUGUGUAUGAAUAUUACAAAUGGAACAAAUGGCCAACCAGAUAGAGCUGAAAUGAGAAGAUGACUGCAGGAAACGUCUGAAACAUCAUCACCUACCCUCCCUGCCCGUGUAGAACACCUUAGUAACACACCAACCACUGAGUGACAUGAAGUAUGAAAGAGAUGAUCAAUAUAUGCAAAAUCAGAACAAGAAAAAAUAAACUCAAGUUUUGCUCAUUAAUAGCAAGACGGAGUUGUGAUCCAUUCCCAACUUCAAAACGUUUUUUGCUGUCCAUCCACACUGAAUUGUAUAUUUAUGUUAUUAAUGUUUACUGCCUGCUCAAGUCUGUAUAUGGCUUACUUUGCCUUUGACAGAAUCAAAUGAAAGAAACUGAUAUGUUUGGCUACACAAUUCCUAUCAGAAGUCAACAUGUGUCACUGAUGUGUCGUGUGCUACAGACGCUUUGUGUAAUACUGUAUGUACAGUGUAGACCAGUUUUGCAUUCAAUUGAAUUCAGAUGCACUUUUGUAAGAGUCCAUACUUUCAUGGAUGUCCUUGUUUUAAGAUGACUACAUAUACUUGAUAAGUGCAACGCGUUCAGUAGGCCUACUGGACUUUGAAAAUUAUACUUUUUCUUUUUACUGUGUGUAAUGACGUGUCAAAAAAAAAAAAAAAAAAGUUCUAUAUAAAGUUUGAGGUCUGAAUUUGUUGGACCUUUUUUGUUCUCAUGUGAUGAAAACAUUAAAACUGUAUGAGAAUAUGGAUCUGCUGUACUUUUCCAAAGAAAAACA